AAACUACAAGGAACAAGUCGCGUGGAUAGGCCUACUAGUGGGGGUAGAGUGGGGGUAAAAACGUGGCUGAACGUUGGUUGAUCAACAGGGCUGUACAUUCCGCAUUUGCGAACGACACUAACACACGCGCGUGAUCUGUCUGACAGCCGUUUUGACACGCGACUUAUUUCCGAUUUUCAUCUUUGGACACAAGUGUCAGUGAUAGUGACCUAUUUUCCGAUAUGGAUCAUUCUUUGUCUCAGCACACUCCAUUGCAGUGGGGAUAUUCUGGGAGUAAUAGUACUUCUUCAUCUUGGCAGCCUGUCUCAAGAGGUAUCAAAAGACCUCUUUCCGAAAGUGACUGUGAUGAUGUUUACUCGGAGGAAUCAUCUAAAGAGCAAUGUACCAGCCCUGGUGAUGCCGAUAGUUGUCAAAUGUUAUCGAGGAAAAAACGUAGAGGCGUAAUAGAAAAAAAGAGACGAGAUCGAAUAAACAUGUCACUGAGUGAAUUAAAAAGACUUGUGCCUAGUGCCUUUGAGAAACAAGGAUCAGCAAAGCUCGAGAAAGCCGAAAUUUUGCAAAUGACCGUUGACCAUUUAAAAAUGCUGCAUGCUAAAGGCUUAGAUUCUUUUGCUUACGAUCCGCAUAAAUAUGCUAUGGAUUACCAUGGAAUGGGCUUCAGGGAAUGUGUAGCGGAAGUUGCUCGAUAUCUUGAACGAAUUGAAGGUUUAGAUGUCCAAAACCCAUUACGAAUCAGAUUAACCUCGCAUCUCCAAUGUUGUGCUGCUCAGAGAGAACUAGCUUCAAAGCAAGCUACCUCUGCUCCUUGGGGAUACCCAGGAUCUCAACCUCCUUAUCCUCCCAUUAAUGCUUUACCUCCUUCUCCCGCUUCUAACCAUGGUCCUUUAUCUAAUCUGAAUCAUCAUCAAACAGCUCCUCCUCCACAAAAUAUACAUCAUGAUUUGGGACAUUUUGACGUUUCUACAUCCUGUGGCCAAACUACAAUACCAGUACCAACUUCGGAUAGUAAUAAUAGAAUACCACCUUCAACAUCUAUAUUAACUCCUUUAACAACAACGACACCUUCAGCUUUAGCCUACAGUUCCCAUCAAUAUCCACACAACGCAUUUAGUAUCCCAACUACAAGUCAUCAUCAGAAUUAUAGCCAAAGUAUUCCGCCAUCACAAGGAAUGAAACCAUAUCGACCAUGGGGCGCGGAAGUUGCUUACUAAACUAGUCUUUUAAUUAAGUGACCUUGAAAAAAACGUCCAGAUUAGUUGUUGAAAAUUAUGAUGUGAUUAUAAACUAGUGCCAGUUCAUUUUCGGACUAUAAUUAUGUGUCAUGUAUAUAUAUAUAUAUAUAUAUAUAUAUAUAUAUAUAUAUAUAUAUAUAUAUAUUUCAACAGUAUUAUUGGUCUGAACGUAUUAUGUGGCUGUAUAUAAAUUUGCCUUACGCAGAACUAUCCGAGACUUAGUCAUUUGUACCUUACUUGAAUGUUUAUUUAUUAUUAGUUUAUUAUAUUUAGGAUUUUUAUAAUUUCCUGAUAGA